AACAUUGUUGUCAAUAAAGUUUCCGGAAAAAAGCCCCGGAUGGAUGAGAGUAAGCUGUACGACAGGUGUAGGCUUUCGUUUCGCUUCUCGGAGGUUUGAAGGAGCAUGGGACUGGAAAUUGCCGCUACUUUACCAAUGACUGGUCUUACGACGACGACAGUCCUCUCAGAGCUGCAGAGACUGCCAGAAUGAUGGGAACCAUCUCCAGGUGGACGUUUCUUCUGGGGUUCUUGGUGGGCGCCUGCUGCAUGUUCUUCUUCUUGCGCCAGGUGUGGUUUGAGCGAAGCUACCCGGUGCUGUCAGAAGCUCAAGAAAGAGCAACGACUGUUGGAGAAACACCAACCAGCUGGAGGAAAGAGGGAGCUUCACUCAUCAACCUGCUCCACCCACACCGGGCAGGUGAGGACAGCCGGCUAGCAGACUUGCUGUUCCAGAAGGUGCGCGUUCUCUGCUGGGUGAUGACGGGCCCGGAGAACCUGGAGAGCAGGGCUCGUCACGUCAGAGCCACUUGGAGUCGGCAUUGCAACCUUGUGGUGUUCAUGAGCUCUGUGGGCGAUCCCGACUUUCCCACGGUGGGUCUGGACACCAAAGAGGGCCGCGACCAGCUGUACUGGAAGACCAUCCGAGCUUUUCACUACGUCUAUGAACGCCAUGCAAACGAUGCAGACUGGUUCUUAAAGGCAGACGAUGACACUUAUGUAGUGGUGGACAACCUGCGCUGGAUUUUGUCCAACCACACCCCAGAAGAACCUGUUUAUUUCGGGAAACGCUUUAAGCCUUACACUAAACAAGGGUACAUGAGUGGGGGAGCCGGCUAUGUGCUCAGUAAGGAGGCCCUUAAGAGGUUUGUGGAGGGCUUUCGGACCGGUACGUGCACUCACACCACUCCUGUGGAAGACCUAGCAUUGGGUCAGUGUUUGGAAAAGAUGGGUGUGAUUGCAGGCGACUCCAGAGACACUUUACAUCGAGAGACUUUUCAUCCGUUUGUGCCAGAGCACCAUCUUACCACCAAGUUCUCCAAGAGCUUCUGGUACUGGAGCUACUGCUAUUAUCCAAUUGUUGAGGGUCCACAGUGCUGCUCAGACCUGGCCGUAUCCUUCCACUAUGUGGACGCCACGCUGAUGUACACGCUGGAGUACUACACCUACUACCUCCGAGGUUAUGGCUAUGUGCCUCGCUACCGGCCCUCUGUGAGCGGGGCUCCUCCCCAGACAGCCGGGACGACGGGACUCGUUCAGGCGCUGACAGACAGGAAGAAGCACUCGAGCUCGGUAGAUUCUGCUUCUAGCAACCAAACCAAAUUGGAAAAACUCCAAGAAAAGAAGAAAAAAGACAACUUGAACCUCGUUAUGAGCACAGUGACGCCAAACACUCACGGCUGAAUCACUGCUGUUUUUCAGCUGGGGCUGAACGUGCUGUUAUAACUGCAAUUAUCUGAUCUGUAUUAGAAUUGACAGUGGAGGCCCCUGUGGCGUCUCUCACCCGGUGACAAGGUGAGAGAAGCUGUGCUGGAGAAGUCCUCCACCCGGCGCGGCUUAUUUGCUAAUUGGUCAUUUUUCCUGACAAAACCUUCUGAAAGAAAAAAUAAGAACUCGCAGGAAAGGUGGAGACACUUCAGGAUGGCACCUACAUAUUUCACAAACCGUUUGCACAUGUCUUGUUUUUUUGUUUUUUUUUUUAACUUAAUUUGGGGAAUAGAAAGGCUCCAUGAAGGUACUUUACACCUCAGAUGAUUGCAUGUUUUUCCCUGUCUGGAGGGCAGCAGCUCCUGU